AUGGAUUUCGAGACGCCACUCGUUUGGGAACAACAACUUCUCAGUCCGAAGUACACCGAGCCUAUUCCGGUUUCCAGUGCCAAGAAAAAGGAUUUGAUGUACCUAUUUAAAGCGGGUGUAAUCCCAGAAGCAUACACCCAUUUUUUCACUGGAAUUCCUAGUUUGGGAUUGGCAAGAGAUAUUGUACCUUACGUCGUAGAGGAAGAAGAAGGAAUCGAGUCUCUCACUGAAGCAACCAAAAAGAAAAAAGGAAGACGCAGUAAAACAGAUGUUAAAGGCAAGAAACCAGAAAAAGAACUCAGCAAAGAGACCAAGAAAAUCAAGGAGCCUAAAAAAAACCACCAAAAAAGAAGGAAGAAGAAGGAAUCGAGUCUCUCACUGAAGCAACCAAAAAGAAAAAAGGAAGAACGCAGUAAAACAGAUGUUAAAGGCAAGAAACCAGAAAAAGAACUCAGCAAAGAGACCAAGAAAAUCAAGGAGCCUAAAAAACCACCAAAAAGAGUAAAGAAAAUAAAACCUCAUUAA